UUAAUUCUUUAUCUUGACGCCAGUUCUUCUCUUCUCUUGUGCCACAAGAAUCGGCAGUUUGGGGGAGCUCCUGAUCCAAUGCGGAUCGCCGGCUCGUGAUCGGCUCCCGGAUCGGGCAUUGAGGAGGACUGCAAUGAGCUCUGCGAGGGCGAUGCACCCCCUCUGCUGCAUCGUCCUCGAUCGGCACAGCGACGUCGGCGACCGAUCCUUGGACCUGGCGCCCUCCGGGGGCGACGAGGCGGAGGCGGCGCCGACCAAAAACGGCGAGGAAGUCGCCGUGGAAGGUGUGCUCUACAAGUGGACCAAUUACGGCCGCGGCUGGCGGUCCCGCUGGUUCUCCCUCCGCCACGGUGUGCUCUCUUACUCCAAGAUCCGGCCAGGCGACGACGUAGCCAAGGAAGAAGGCGGCGUACGGAUCAUCGGAGACGCCUCCGCGAAGCUCUCCGCCCGAGCGGCCGCUGGGAGAAAGCCGUCCGCCAAGCCGGUCGGCAUCGUUUAUCUUAAGGUUUCGUCCUUUCGAGAGAGCAAGUCUGAUGAUAGACGGUUCUAUAUAUUUUCUCGCACAAAGACGCUUCAUCUGAAAACUGAUACAGAGAAAGAUCGUGUUGCAUGGAUUCAGGCAUUAAUCUUGGCAAGAAGUGUAUAUUCAUUUAGAACAUUAAGCGAACGAAUUUCUUCUCUCUCAAAUGGUGUAACAUUUUCAACCGAUAGACUUAGAGAUCGUAUGCAUGCUGAGGGACUUAGGGAGGAUGUGAUAAGAGACUGUGAACAUAUUAUGUUAUCAGAGCUCUCGGAAUAUCAGAGGCAGGUAAAACUUCAGUAUGCAGAACACCUAAAGUUUCUAGGAACUGUUGAGCAGCAUUUAGAGGACAUUAACACUGAAGAUGAAGAAACAACUUGUGGUGGUCAUUUGCAGCUAUUGAAAACUGAAUUUUCUUGUUCUGGACACGAAUAUAGCACAACGGAAUCAUCAGAUGAUGUAGAAAAGCAAGAGACUGAUGACAUGUCAGAUGAUGAUGAGCCAAAUUUCUUUGAUACAAAUGAGUGCUUCAGUGACAAUUCUGGAUCCCAUUCUUCUUCUACUUUGACCAGGGUGACACAUCAUGAAUGUAAGAAUUCUGGAAGUGAGAACAUUGGUGAUGUGAAGAUAAUGCACUCCAAAGAAAAAGAUUGUUGUCAGGAUGUAUUUCCAUAUCCUGAAAGGCGAAAGAAGUUACCAGAACCUGUUGAGAAGGAGAAAAGUGUGGGUCUUUGGUCUUUGAUUAAAGACAAUGUUGGUAAGGAUCUGACACGUGUUUGCCUACCAGUUUACUUCAAUGAACCACUGUCAUCCCUUCAGAAGUGCUUUGAAGAGCUUGAGUAUUCACAACUCUUGGAUGAAGCCUAUGAAUAUGGCGUAAAGGGGAACAGUCUGAUGAGAAUUCUGAAGGUAGCAGCAUUCGCAGUUUCUGCAUAUGCCUCUUCUAUUGGUCGAAUUUGCAAGCCUUUCAACCCUUUGUUAGGAGAAACAUAUGAAGCUGACUUCCCUGAAAAAGGGAUCCGUUUCAUCUCAGAAAAGGUUAGCCAUCAUCCAAUGCUCAUUGCCUGCCACUGCGAAGGCAAAGGUUGGAAAUUUUGGGGGGAUAGCAACCUUACCUCAAAGUUCUGGGGGCAAUCUAUCCAGCUCGAUCCUGUUGGCAUUUUGACCCUUGAAUUUGAUGAUGGCGAGAUAUUCCAGUGGAGCAAGGUCACAACCACCAUCUAUAAUCUCAUAUUUGGCAAACUUUACUGUGAACACCAUGGAAUCAUGAACAUAAAAGGAAACAGAAUGUUUUCAUGCCAACUCAGAUUUAAGGAGAAGUCUCUUCUAGAUCGAAAUCCUCAUCAAGUGGUAGGAUUUGUUGAGGACACAAACAAGACCAAAGUCGCAUCUUUAAUUGGAAAAUGGGAUGACAGAAUGUAUUACUAUAAAGAAGAUGAUGUUUCUAACAAGGCUGCUAUUCCUACUGAAAAUGCUUGUUUGCUAUGGAAAAGGAGUGACCCUUCUACUGAUCCAACACGAUACAACUUGACAUCAUUUGCAAUCACACUCAACGAGUUAACUUCUGAGCUGCAGGAGAAACUCCCACCUACAGAUUCGAGACUUCGACCAGAUCAGAGGCAUCUGGAAAAUGGGGAGUAUGGGAAGGCAAAUGAAGAGAAGUUACGUCUGGAACAAAGGCAGCGAAUGGCAAGGAAAAUGCAAGAGAAUGGUUGGAAGCCAAGAUGGUUCCAAAGAGCAAGCGAAGAUGGUACAUACCGCUACACAGGUGGCUAUUGGGAGGCAAGGGAACAGAAAAAUUGGAAUCAAUGCCCAAACAUAUUCGGCGAAGUUUAAAGAUCACAUUCCUCUACAUCAAGACCCGCCACUACUUCAGGUUGGCACUUCACAGUAUCCUACCUUCCUCCUUCAGGAGUCACAAUUUGUCCACAAGAUUAUCAAACACCAGGAAGUUGCAUCUCAUCCAACAAGAACAGUAUUUAUUCAUAGAAUUAUAGUUGUUUUCUUCCUUUAUUUUUUCUUGUUGCAUUAGCAAUUUGUUUGUGGUCAUAUCUAUUCAAUCCCCUUUUCCCGGGAGAGUUUAAUUAGUCAACAAUUGUUCGACAAGAACGAAACGAGGUCAAGACCGUAAAUUUUGUGGCAAGAGUAGUGCAGACAAAGUUUCAGCUUAUGUACAAUUGAUGGCGACAAUAAAAUGAUCAUAGUAAUUCAUAUUUCCUUUGUUAA